AUGAACCAUUUAACACAUGACUUGGGAAGAUGUAUGUCGAGGAUCGGGAGGCCGUUUGUCGUAGGUCACAGGGGUGCAAGUGCUACAUAUCCCGAAAAUACAAUGUUAUCGAUUGAACAAGCGAUUGCGGAUGGCGCUGAAGCUAUAGAGUUUGACAUUCGUCUAACUCUUGAUAAUGAGGUGGUGAUCAUGCAUGAUGCUUUGUUGGAUCGUACAACAACAGGACAUGGGUUGAUAUCCGACAAGAAUUAUUUUGGAGACAUCGAAUACCUCACUACAAAAAAAGAGCCACAUUGCCCGAUUUCCCGAUUUCAAGAUGUACUUGAUCUUCUUUCCAAAGCAGAGAAUUCUCACAUUUGGGCCGUAAUUGAUGUUAAGAUACAAAAUUCCCCUAAAAUUCUUAUAACGUUGAGUGAAAUCUUUAAAUCACGCAAUAAAGAUUUUUCCGAAUUCUCUAAACAAUUUUCAUUAGGAAUUUGGCAUCCAAAAUUCAUUCCGUAUGCGAAAACUUAUUUACCCGGAAUCUCAAUAGUAUACAUAGGCGUUUCAUUAGACAUAGCAAGAGAAUAUUUUAACAAUGUGGACGGGUAUAACAUUAAAUACAUCGCAUUAUUUGGUGAUCAUGAACAAAAAUUUAUUAAGGAAGCCCACGCUAAAGGAAAACCCGUGUUUGCAUGGACUGUUAACGAGGAAGUUCAUGCAAGGAAUUGUCAUAAUUGGGGCGUCGAUGCCAUAAUGACUGAUCGAACCAAACUUUAUGUGGACUUUUUUAGAGAUCAAAGGCACGAAGAGAGAUCUCUAAACAUUGAAAGGAGGAAAUACAUGUUUGGUCAACAAAGUUGGUUCUCAUUUUUAUUUAAGUUCGUAUUAAAUGGGUGGCUUUACUUGACUGGAAGAUUGACUUUAUAUAAAUUUCGUCAAUAG